CUUGUCCCGACGACGACGACGAGUGGCAGCGCCAUGAGCUCCUCGUCGCCUGCCGCCUCCACCGCGUCGUCCGCCAGCUCGGAAUACGUGCCGAGCGGUAAUGGUGAAGCGUCCCCACACGUGCUCCUGCCUGCCCCCUCUCCCCAAAAGCUUGUUGGCAAGAGUCGGGUGCGUGGCGCUGGAAAAGAAGUGCCUGCGACGAAGGAGGUCCUCCCGGGCACGCUGACGCUGGGGGUGCACAAGCUCAAGGCGAAGCCACCGUACGUUUAUGGCACCGCGCAGGAACUGCUGGCUGCUCUGCGGGCUGUGUGUCUCGGGGACGCGGAGGUCGAUUUCAGUGGGUCGUACCCCCUGGCUGAAGAGGAUCCGGGCGUGUCGGACAAGCAGCGGGUGCAGAUCGUGGUGAACGAUGUGUGGCGGGCGACGGGGUACAAGUUCACGAUCAAAGACCACCCACCGAUGGCGGGCACGAGUGGGCACAAGACGAGACUGUGGUGCGCUCAGGACGCGGGGCGACGGCAGUCCUCGAAGCGGCCCAACGCAGACGCCAAGUCGGGCAAUCGACGCAAGUAUGCUUGUCGGAGCAGCUUGAUGGUCGCGUGUGCCGCCAAUGAACCACAAGGGCGGUUGAUUACUGUCCGCCUUCAUCACCAUUUGCGGCACGAGACUUUUGGCGAGGACCCGCCGGAUAUCGCGACUUUGUUGGCGAUGGUGGCGGAGCCAGCGAUUGCAACAACGACACCACCCGUUUUUGGCCCAUCGCGUGCUUUGGAUACCAGACCACCACCUCUUGCCCGAACCCCGAACCCAUCUCCUCCCGCUCCCAUUUCUGAGACGCGUCCUUCCAGAUCACCGCCUCUCGCCCGACCCCCAAACCCACCUCCCACCUUUGGUGCUCCGAUUUUCGUUCUACCACCACCCGCAUCUCUCUUACCUCACGCACUAUUACUCCAUCCCCACCGACAGCUAUUCCCUCCCCCCAUGCGCCCACCCCCAACGCCCGCCGAGUUCCAGCGCCGAAUGACAGAGCACGUGCGGCGGCUGCGGGGAGUUUGCGGCGGGGCUCGAGUACCAGAUCCAGUUUGGGCAUUGGAUUGGCUUGUGUCUAUAGUGUAUCUAUUAUCAAUCGCGCAACGUGUGUUGUCGUGGACAGAACUCGCAAAGGAUGGCAGAGAAAAAGAAAAGAACGGUCAUCUCGGCCUUCGUCAUCGAUCGAUCGCAACCCACUGUCCACGCUGGCCAGCUGUCACUCAAUUAGACCUUCCGGCACGCAUCUGGGGCGGGGCUGUCGCGGCAAGGGAUCCGGGGCACAGGACCGAAACCGCCCCGUCCUCCCCCCUCGGCUGCGCGCUCCCCGGCCGGCCACCUCUAUUCGACAUUCGACUUUCGACUUUCGACACGGCCACCGCCAACAUUUGCAUCACGUUCUACGACCCGCCAGAAACCGUCCGUGCAGUCGGUGUUCGCUGGGGACUGGCAGGGCGGUGUCCUGGGAAAACACUCGUCCAGCGUCGGUCGGCGGCGCUUCUCCCUAUCACGUAG